AGGCAUGCGCCAGGCUAGUGUUAAAGUAAGGGGAAAUGUUAGCAUGUCAAAGCCAGUCUUACAUGCAUGCGCCAGGCUAGUGUUAAAGUAAGGGGAAAUGUUAGCAUGUCAAAGCCAGUCUUACAUGCAUGCGCCAGGCUAGUGUUAAAGUAAGGGGAAAUGUUAGCAUGCCAAUAGUCAAGUCAUUCAGCCAGGACACAGGUGUUAAAAACGCCAGCUUUUACAUGCAUGCGCCAGGCUAGUGUUAAAGUAAGGGGAAAUGUUAGCAUGCCAAUAGUCAAGUCAUUCAGCCAGGACACAGGUGUUAAAGUUAGACAACAUGGUAAUAGUCAAGUUCACUGAUCCGGUAUGUGAUCAUAUAAAAGGACAGCGUUUUCAUCAUCAUAUUCAUUUUUCAAUGGCGCAAGCUCACAUCGAUCAGAUCAAGAAAGAAGACAUAAGUAUAACGGACAUUUCAUCCAACAAAGUUGUUUGCCGUCUCAGUCCUACACAGGAAGCCAUCAUCAGAAAACUUAAAGGUGAGCUUAGGAUCUGUUUGAUUGACGAAGGAAAGAAAACCAGACUAUCGGGAGAAUUUCUAAAAAAAACUUUUAACUUUAUCGGAGAGUUUGUGGUGUAUAUGUGCAUUUGUAGAAAAAUAGCAUGAACACCGAAACAGAUAGUGUAAGUGUCCAUAACGUUUCAUCCGUGAUAAAACCCAAUCAUCCAUCAUUAGUCAAAUGCUGUGAUCGUCUGAACACUUAUAUACAUUGGCCAAGACAUCAUCACAAGACUCCUCAACAACUGGCUACAAACGGAUUUUUCUACACUGGAAUAGAAGACCGCGUGACUUGUUUCAUGUGCGGUGUCUCCCUUCAACAUUGGAACUAUUUCGAUGAUAUCAAAACAGAACACGUGAGGUGGUCGAAGGAUUGUCUCUAUCAACAGAUGAUGUUUGUGAUGUAGAUAUGGGAGGAAUCACGUUUUUAUUUCUCGACGGAGACGAGAAUAGAAGGUGUAGUUGUACGGAGUGUGACGUGUGGGUGCAUCCAAAUAACAUAGAUUCGCUAAGAGAAGAAGGUUGGUCAUACAAUAACAGAGAGAUAAAAAAGGAACACAUAACAGAGCUAUUAAAGUUAUUGGUGAAACUGGAGGAAAGAGAUGGAUAUAUCGACAAUGAAUAUAUUAGAUUGUGUUUUGUAUUUAAUGAACACAUAGGAGCUGAAGUGAGUUAUUAAACUUUAUUGAUCUAAACGACAUAGUAGAUUUAAUGACUACAUAACUAACAUUAUGGAAUUGAAUACAGAUUUGUUGGAUAAAAGAAUACAGAACUAUUUGUUAGAAAAAACCGAAGCAAAAGCUUAUCGGAGAAUAUUAAAAAAUCUGCUGUGUCUCUCUUAUGCAUACGUUGUGAAACCAAAAAUAACAGAACUAUUCGUAUGUUUGGGGUGUGAGAACCGUCGAGAAAGUCAACAUGAACACGAAUGUGUGAUGUAUUCAGGUGCUGUUGUUAUAGACUUACACUUUGACGAAGCAUUAGCUCAUACUAAUCAUUUGACAGUGGAACAAACCUGGCGUGAGUUCGCUAUACAGUCUUGCAUACCUGCAGCCACAUUACAUAGACUAAUGAACGAUGAACGUUUGAGAGAUGAAAACUAUGUGAAACAACAUUGUAGUGAAAAAAUAAAGAAAUACGUAAAGAAAAUCGGUGAAGUUCAGACAUCUCUAUUCAUUUGACUUUGAACAGUUGCAGAGAGUAGACGUAUGAUGGGUGGUGAUCAGUAUGUAGACAUUGACGUUGAUGGUGAUGAGAUUUCCGUAAUCGUUGAAGACCGCGGGAGACGUCGUAGAUACAUUUGUCCCAUCUGUCUGUGUCAUUAUGAAAACUACUCUGAUAGAGGUCAGAAACGAUUAGUGAAACACAUAUUGGAAGACCAUCCGAAAGAUACUUGGCUGUAGUUGUACUAAACAAACAACGUUACACUACGGAAAAGAAUAUUAACAACUAUUUACUCAUUCCAUUUAUAGAUGGACACUACUACCCUUCAAUCAAUUCAUCGAUGACAAGCUGUGUUGAUCGCUUGAUGACGUUUUAUAAUUGGAACUGUAGACUUCGUCAAACUCCAUAUCAACUGGCUACUGGUGGAUUUUAUUAUCAAGGUGUUGGUGAUUAUGUGACAUGUUAUAAGUGUGGGAAAACACUGAGAUAUUGGAAGCAUAGAAACUUUUCAGUGAAAUGUAUUGACAAACAUUGUGUUUUACCAUAUCCUCCCAGUACAGGUUUUGUAUAGAUAUGGAGUCAUCAGAAGUCAUCAGUAUGGAGAACUUAUUAAAACUGACGUAUGCAAAUCAUAUUCGAGAAAUCAUGAAUGAAAGACAAUGUGAUUUUAACGACGCUUUUAUUCAUUUAGAUGAUAUCAAAGUGAUCCGAGACUUCAUUCGAGAGACUCUUCGUUUUGAUGUCCAGCGAGGUGUUAGAAACUCAUUCAUAUCACAAUUAUGCAAUGCCGAAUGGAGAGUAAACGAGAUCAAAACAGAAAAAUGGAAAAAAUGUGUAUGUAAUAUGGUCAAAUCUAUGAAUCGCGUAGAAGACUGGUUUCAUAAAACAUUGUAAAAUAUUGAAUGUAUAUAUUGUAAUAAAAGUCAUGUACAUCUAUAUUUUGCCUCAUUGAAUAUGUUGACCGUUAAAGAGAAACGACUUAUAGAUGGAGUGUAUUACGAUCUGAAUAACGGAGGUGCAUUUCUGAGUCCAACUAAAGUUCAUCAAGUAUUGAAAUCUCGCGGAUUCAAUUCACCAGGUCUAUAUAAGAUUAGGAGAUAUAUUCAGAGUCUAGACGAUUACAGUUUACAAAAACCAGUCAAACGAUCUUUCAAGAGAGCACGAGUUGAAGUCUCUGGUCCAUACGAGGAAUUUCAAGCCGAUCUUGCAGAUGUAUCGAACCUCUCGAAACAGAAUGGUGGUAUUCGAUUCCUACUAGUAGUCAUAGAUGUAUUCAGCCGAUUCUUAUGGGUGGAACCUAUAAAAACAAAAACGACGAAAGAUGUAUUAGAUGCAUUUAGAAAGAUAAUCGAUAGGAGUAAAAAGCCGAAACGUGUAUAUACCGAUGCUGGCAAAGAAUUCACGGGGAACCUGAUGAAACAAUAUUGCAAAGACAAUGGUAUUAAGUGCUUUAUUAGUCUUAACGAAAAGAAGGCCUCGGUAGUAGAGCGUUUAAUUAGGACAUUGAAGACCAUGAUGUAUAGGUAUUUCACAAAAUACAGAACUUACGAGUACGCAGACAAAUUACAGGAUUUCGUCAAGAGUUACAACGCUACACCUCAUAGUUCACUAAACGGUAUAACACCCAAAGAUGUAAACAAGACCAACGAAGCGGACCUUUUUGCCUAUAUGUACCUCAGAAAAAAACACACGAGACCUUCUGUUAGGAAAACUGUCCAGAAACCAAAAUUUAGGUUUAAGAUAGGAAGUCUCGUGAGAAUCUCUCACUUGAAGCAACCGUUUACAAGAGCUUAUCAACAGCAAUGGUCGUCAGAAAUCUUCAAGGUCAAGAAACGUUUCUUACGUCAAGGAAUACCACAAUACCAAUUGAUCGACUUUUUAAACGAACCAAUCAUGGGCAACUUUUAUCAGGCCGAACUACAGAGAGUGGACAAGGACGAAACUACAUUGUGGUACAUAGAAGAAAAAUUAAAAGAACGUAAGAGAGCAGGCCGAACCGAAUGGUUCGUCAAAUUCGAAGGCUGGCCGUCUAAAUAUAACCAGUGGAUAGCAGAGAAAGACAUCACAGAUGUAAGCAAAGCCGAAGAUGUCACAUUACGUAGUCAUUCACAACGACGGAAGUAGCAAAUACUUUCCACAAAACAAACCUUACUAUUUCGGCACACAUUUCCAAACACCGCUAAAUCUACACGGAACUUGGAAGGUGGCGUUAAUGGACAUAACAUUAACAACGAGUGGAACGAAGACCAGACAAAAUUUAUACCUACAUAGUGACGUGUGUGAAGAAAGCUUUGUCGAUGGUGAAAAGGAAACUCUACUUCGCCCCAUCAAAGCAGUUAAGGUAGCCAAUUGGUCCCAAUCGUUCGAUGUUCCAUACUACA